AUGUUUUGGCGUCUUCACACUGGCUGCCUUUUGGCGAUAGUGCCAUCGGUGUUUGCAGCCACUGCCUGGCAGCAACGAGAGUACAACAACACGGUACCAGUCACUCCACUCACGACGAUUGGAAAUGCCAACUUCACAAGCAAGAGCGAUGCUCUUUCGGCGCUGGGCAAAACUUUGAGCAAUGCAACGAUCGCAUACCCUGGAGAUAUGCAGUAUGGCACUUCCCUUGGGCGCAUCUGGACCGAGAAUCGCAAAAUCUUUCCCGAAGCCAUCUUGUUCCCCAAAACGCCCGAGGAUGUCAGCAUCAUUCUGCAAUUCUACUCGGGCGUGCAUGCUCUCUGGACCGAUGGGUUCGCCAUCCUGGGCGGAGGCCACGCGGACAUUGGAGGUGGUCAGACUCCGAGUGUCGUAAUUGACUUGAGGGAAAUUGGGUCAACGGAGAUUGUCGAAGAGCCCGCGAGUGGCUCUGACAAAUGGGCAGUGCUGAAGAUCGGUGGUGGCUCCGAGGCCGGUUCCGUCUACAGCGCACUCGACGGCACGGGAUGGGCAUUCCUAGGCCCUCGAGCUGCGUCGAUUGGCGUGGGAGGCUUCUUGCUCGGCGGCGGUAUCGCAUUCCAGACGAAUCGAUAUGGUGUGGCUGUCGACAGCCUUCUCGGCAUUGAAGUUGUGCUCAUUGAUGGCAAAAUCGUCUAUGCGAAUCCAUACAAUGAGUACAGUGACCUCUUCUGGGCAGCCACUGGCGGAGGCUGGCUGGGCUUUGGUGUCGUCACGCACUUUUACGUCCAAGCAUAUCCUGAUCCAGGAGAGGUUUUUGUCGGCACAAUCGUGUGGGGCGAGGACAAGUCGGCCGAAGUGUUCAACAAGACAGCCGCAUGGUUCGAGAGCAACACGGACGCGGAUGCAUUUCCAGCACUGCUGUACUACUUCAAAGAUCCAUCUAACCCGGGCGCGCUGGUUCCAAUCCUCGAACGUCAAUUCACUUUCCAGCUGAACGCCAUCUACUUUGGAGGGUCCUGGGCAAAGUUCAACGAGUCGUUUAGCAGCUUUUACGAAAAAGCAGACUCCGUCUCGCUGCAAACCUUCUCGAUCAAGACCCUCGACCAGUACCUGUUAACAAACUAUCCGUACGGAUACAAUCGACUGUUCUAUGGCAAGAGCCACACCAACUCGACCAUCGAAUUCUACGAGAAGACCUUUGCCAGCUACCAGGAGACCAUCAACGGACUGAUGCGCAGGGGAGAAGACCCGGGUCACACCUUGUGGGUCGAUGAGUAUGUGCUUCCAGGCUGGAACGGUGCCGGACCGGCUAAAGAUUCCGAUACUGCUUGGCCUCACUCCACCUCGUCUCACAUCACCCUCACAUCGGGAGAGUGGUCCAGCGACAACUCCACUGAGUUCUUGUACACCCAGGACCGCGACGGCAUGAUGUCGUAUCUUCGGGACUUCCAGAACGAACUGGGGGAACCUGCGAUUUACGAUUAUCCCAACUAUGUUGCACCUUACUCCAAAGCCGAGGAGGUCUGGGGCGUGGAUAACUUCAACCGACUGGUGCAGAUUAAAGAGAAGUACGAUCCUCUGUGCCUAUUCAACAGAGGCCGCGUGCUCGCAUCUCAGGCGUGUAUUAGCAAGGGCCUUGCCACGACUUAUCUGGGAUAAGACGUUGUACAGUAUAUGAGACCCUAUUGUAUGUGUGGAUGCUGUCUGC